AUGUCGAGCAAGUUUCCCUCCCAAGAGCGCAAGAAGAAUGCUCGGUCCAUCGCCUCGGAGGACCCCUGGAAGGUCGACAUUCCCUUCGGCCCGCCGCGCAUCUCCCACUUCCCCAGCAGCAAGAUCAGCCGCAUUCGCAACACCUUACAAAAAUUCUCCCCCUCCGCCCGGGCCGAGAAGGAACUCCUCAAGCAGAAGAACCGGUACAAGAUCCCCCUGACCGAGCGCAAUGUCGACGCUUUCGUGACGGAGCAACUGGUCACCGAUGCCUGUCACCCGGGCCAACAUUCGCCAGAAUUGCAGAUCUCGGCUUGGCUGGAGCAACUGUCAUACUGA